AUGCCGGCGAGAACGAGGGACUACUGGGACAUCGAUGAGAUCCUUGCCGAAGAGUACGAGGUCAUGAUGACCAGCUUCUACAACAUCAUUGGCGGUGGCGUGCUGUAUCCGAACAGCGGCGGCUCGCGCCCGAGAGACCUGAAGGCUGGCUUCAAGGUGUGCGUGCCUCUUGGCCUGGCGAGGAAGUUGGCGCUUAGAGACGUGGUGGAUAUUGAGCUGCCAGCCCACUUUGGCGAGGAGAUGCAGGAGAGCCUCCGUGUGGACCCACUUGUCUGCAGACUAGGCGAGAAGAGCCCCUACUACUUCGAGGCGGGCAUGAAAAUCGCGAGCCUGCUGAAGCAACCGGCCCUUGAAGAGAUCCUCAUGGAAGCAUUCAGGCGCCGCUGGGUUGAGAUCGUGACCCUCACGCCCUCCCACGGGGAGACCUUGAGCUUCAACCCGGUGAAGGACCCUGUUCACAGCUUCUUUCCGCACACCUUGACCGCGGUGGAGGAGGACUUCAGCAAAGGCUCAAAGGAGGCCGAGACGUGUUUCCGGAAAUACUUGCACAAAUUCACCCACAGCAACAUCGAAGUGGCGUCUCACCUGGUCGACCUGCCCGAAAGCAAGAGAGCUCGGGUGUAG